GUGGUGCGGGGAGCGGCGUAUAUAAGUCUUAGACAAAACACAUUGAGACAGUCAUCAGCCGUAGUCACCAAACAAUUCACUUCUAAUAUAAAAACUUGAUACAUUUAUUCAACAAGAUGCAUAUCUCGUGGUUUGUAGGAGUGGCGCUGAUGGUGGUGGCUGUAACAGAGGCUCUCCCUCUUACCGUCGACGCCUAUAACUCAGAGAAAGCAAGUACUGGAUCCAAGACACUUGAAGCAGUAAAGGAGUUCUUCAACCCAAUGACCGACUAUCUGCAUAAGUUGCCAAGUAAGACACCCGCAAAAGUUGCCACGGAAAUCAAGGAAAAGGUUACAAACAUGAAGCAGUGGGUUGAGGAAACCAAGGCAGUGAAGGAUCUUACAAGCUCUCUCGCACCAGUCAAAGCCUGGCUCAAGGAAAAGACCGCUAUAAUGCAUGAGAAGGCCACUGCCCUGCAGCAUACCACCUUCCAGCAGAUGCACGACCACAUGAAGGAGCAGGUAACCAGCUUGGACCACAAGAUUGCAACCUGGAUCAAGGAGCACAUUCCCAAACACUAAAGCACUCAUACCACCGCUGUGAUCAACCCCGCCAUUACAUUCCGUCUAUGUUAUAUGACCCUCUGCCCAUAACUCCUCCACCUCUUACUUCUCAUUACUCUAAUU